GUGUAAAAAAGCCAAGAUGGCUUCUCGUUUGAAGGUCCUCAGAGUGUUUAAAGAACUACAUAGAACCAGAAUGGAUGUGUUCAAAGAAGAUGACAGAGCAUUGACAGCUGCAAGACUCAAGAUUAAUGAUGAAUUCAGGAAGAACAAAAAUGAGACCGUGGAGGAAAAUAUUAAUCAGAUGAUUAAAAUGGCGGCUGGAGUUGAAGCGUUUCUUCGUCAAGAUGUCGUUCAAGCUGAGCAUGUAGCUGAAGAUAAGAUUCGACUCCGACCUCGAGAGAGCCUUCUUCUGGAAAAUGUUCCCUACUGCGAUACGCCCAGAAAUGUGCCAUCUUCCAAGAGUGCACCAAAACAAAGUUGCGUUGAUGAAACAAUUGCAUGAUGUGAAUGACCAGUAAUAAUAGCUGAAUACUUUCUUUCUCACCCAUUGAGAUGAAUCAAGACAAGCGUAUUUCCUGACAGCAAACAUGAAACAUGCAGUGUGUAGUUUUAUGUCAGGGUUUUGGUUUGUCAUGUGAUUAGCUGUAGAAUGUGUAGAACGGGAAUGUGCAUUGAAAAUACAUGUAUAUACUUUUGUUUGCUGCUGUGUAUUUUGAAUUAUUGAUAAAGGAAUACUUUAACUGACUGACACAAAAAUAUAAGGUGAGUGUUAAACUGUAUGAACACCAGAUGGCAAUGCUGUUCUUUUGUUCCGAACCAAAAUUAGCAAUGUAUUGGAGAGAUUGGAGAGAGCACAAUAUUAAUUAUGAAACCUGUUAUAUUUAAGGUCAAUUUGAAAUGUACACAUUUGCAGAUGAAUGCUGAAUUGCAGCAUACAUAGGCCUACUUAAUAAAUACCCUAU